AUGGCCUCUAUCUCUCUUCCUCCGCAGCAUCAGCCAGGCUUCUCACCACAUUCGCCCUUCCCCUCUUCUCCAUCAAACUCCGACCACUCUCGCCGCCUGACCAUGCCAGCUCCUCUACCUAAUCCCCCAUUUGUUUUUCCUGCGCGCGACUCCGACCAGUCUCCCCCCCAAUCGAAGCCCAAACAGCGUCGGGCACCAUCUGCUCUGCCAACCUUUUCUUUCAACCCGGGUGCCAGCACUACGACGCUACAGCCUCCACCGGUCUCAGUCCCAGCGGGUCGACCAGCCGGUCACAGACGCCGACCGAGUGAAUUCGUCGGAGGUGAUCAGUUAGUGAUUCCUGGAAAUGGAGAGACUACUGAGAGCCGAGAAGAAGUCGCCACCGCUCCCCCUGUCACAACUUCAUCGGGCCCGUCGCCGGCCCGUGGACCAGGUCGACGGCACCAUGCCCAUCGUCGUUCAGCGGCAAUCUCUGGGGUGGAUCUGUUGGCCAUCCACAAGGCUCUCAAUACUAACCCGGCUGCAAGCGCUCCAACCCUUCCCAGCGACUCCUCCUUGGAUGAUAAUUCAUCAUCCUCUCGACCAUUCUCACAAUCGACAACCACUCUCGGCCGUCCGACACCUCCGGCUUCGCCAAGAUUCCCCGCCGUGUCGGCAGUGCCCCCGGUGCCUCCGAUUCCAGCUGCAAUCCGUCUUGAACACGCCCAAUCCAUCUUCGUCGAAGACGGCGGUCGCCCGGUUUCUGCCGUGUCCCACCAAGCUUCGCCCAGUGCGCAAUCGGUCAAAUUCGAGCAGCAACCUGAGCCUCCGACUCCCACGCCUCAGCCACUCAAUCGGGGGUCCAAGCAACGGCCGAAAACAGCCGAUGCUUUCAUGGCUUUCAACACCUCUCAGGGCAAGAAUAUCCCGGAGCCCCCCUUGGUGAAGCGCUCCAAAUCAACCGGUCACUCCCGCUUCAAGAAAGAUCGGUCCGUGGGCAACCUCGACGCAACGCUUGCAACGCAAGAGCCCGGCGACACACAUUCGGCCUGUACAUCUCGGCCUUCAUAUUCAACUGAUGGCUCCGAAAUGAGCGACACCGAUGACGAAGGCGCUUCUCCGUCGGCCAAGAAGUCCAGCUCCAAGUCCAAGAAGAAGCAAAAGCGUAUCCGAUCCUGGGCUGGUGGCAUUUUAGCCCGUAAGCCGAAGCGGCACACCAAGAAUGACCCAGCUCUCAAACGAGAAAAGAAGGGAAAACCUCCAGCGCUGACUCCGCCCACCCUGACCCGUACCAACUCGGAAGUUGGCUCCAUGCUGGAAGUUGACUUUGAUAAUGACGACGUUGUUGUACUUCGAACCCCUACCAACACCGAGGCCCCCGUUUCGUCGAUCGAGCGGGCUAAGGAUGAAUCGCCUAUUCCGAUGCCUUCCUUGGAGACCGCUUGGAAACCUCGCAGCUUUUAUGAACAGAAUGUCGAGCCUCUCGACGACAUCCUGACCAGUCCAGUUAUCGAUCUGGAUGCCGCGCUAGGUCCGUUCAAUACCCCCGGGGACAGUCGCCCAUCACACGGCACACCAAGCAAAUUUCAUCUGGCCACUCAGCGAAUGUACAGUGGUGGUCGACGAGGCGAUCAUGCCCCCUUUGAUCGGAGCGCGCUCGGUGCGGUUCGUCUCACCGGGCCCCCUGCCAUGGAUACUCCCGAUGUCUUCUACGAGGAGGACGAGGACGCCUUCCUGGCUGCCAACCAAUCCCCCAAAUCUGAAACAGCCUCGUCGGCUCCUGUUCCCAGCGCCAUUUCUGAGGCGCUCGACAAGACAUCCUCCCUCCAAGGUGAGGAUCAAAAGUCCGCCAAGGGUGAGGACACUGAAGAUACUACGUCCCGAUCUUCUGAGACCAAGUCGUUGGGCCCGACCGGUUUGGGUAUCCAGGCAUCCGGGGAGCCGUCUACCGACUUCGAGCUAGACAUGCCGGGUCCUACCGAGGAAGAGGUCGCAGUGAGCGCCAUGCAUGCUGCUCCCAAUCCCUUCUCCUUGCAGUCACGAACUCCCGAGGUCGUUCACAAGUUAGAGGCAUGCGCGGUCAAAGCAACUGGCCCACCUAGCCCGGACAUGUCUCCGCGAUUCCUCUCAAUCGAUAAGCGGCCGGCCACCUCUCCUCAGGAAAUGUUACAGGGAGUACCGCCCUUGUCGCUGUCGGCUGGUGUCUCACCAUCGGAGUGCUCGUUCCCUUCCCCGGAUGUCGCACGAUUCAAUGAUCGCACAUUCUCCUCGCACUCCUACCAUCAUCUCCCGUCGGAGUAUCCAUACGCUUCCGUCGACGAUGUGCCUUCUUUGACAAGCAGUGCCUCGACAAUGACCGGAACCGUGCAUCGGUUCUCUGACACUUUCUUUCCACGGGUCCGUCUGUCUACUGAUCGUGCUGCAUCUUUCUCGGCCGCGGUCAAUCGUCGGGGCAGCCAAGCCAACAGCUCCAAACGCUCAAGCUUGGUUAGUAUUUCUAAAUUGGUGGGUGGAUCUCACUCUGAGCGCAGUAAAUUGUCUCAGGAAGAGAAACCUCCCGGCGACGCCCCUGAAAAGACAAAAAAGAAGCACCGCAUCAGCCGCUUGAUGCAUUUCUGGAAAGUCAAGGAGCGAGAGAAGCAGGUCUCGCCUACCGUGUCUGAUCAACCCAUCCGAGAGUAG